UAAACUCUGCAACACCACAGAGGGAGUUACAGCAGCUUUGUUGUCUGACAGCAGUAGACUAACGAAGCACAGUUUAGUGAAAAGCGACUGACAUUUAUUUUCACAUUUAUGCAUCGUAUAUUAUUUAUGCAGAUAAAACAUUUUUAUAGAAACGUUUGAAAAUUCGUUUUUUGACAACAUUGCUUUUUUUCAAUUUAAUAUUUAACAAUGUUUUGGUCGGUCAUCUGCGCAACUUUUCUCCUUUCUCCUUUAGUUUGCGAGGCAAGAACCAAGCGAUAUGUCAUCGGCUGUCCAGAUAAAUGUGACAAAUCUCUAUGUCCCCCGAUCCCUGCGGACUGCAUGGCCGGCGACAUACUUGACCAAUGCGACUGUUGUCCGGUCUGUGCGUCCGAAGAGGGUGAGGCAUGCGGCGGCACAGGGAGAUUAGGGGACCCGGAGUGCGGAGAGGGCAUGGAGUGCUCGAUAACGGACGGAAUUGGGGUGUCCGCCACAGUGAGGCGUCGGGGCAAAAGCGGUGUGUGUGUCUGCAAAGGUUCGGACCCGGUGUGCGGCAGCGACGGGGUGUCCUACCAAAACAUCUGCGAACUGAAGAGAGUGAGUAAUCGGGCUCUGAAGCUGCAGCAGCCACCGGUCAUCUUCAUACAGAGAGGAACCUGUGGCAAAGGCCAGGAGAAUCCAGACAGUCUGCGUCACAGAUACAACUUUAUUGCUGACGUGGUUGAGAAGAUUGCUCCUGCUGUGGUUCAUAUUGAACUCUACCGCAAGAUGGUAUUCUCUAAGCGGGAGGUGGCGGUGGCCAGUGGUUCUGGCUUCGUGGUAUCAGAGGACGGCCUGAUCGUGACCAACGCCCACGUGGUGGCCAAUAAGCACCGGGUGAAGGUGGAGCUGAAGAGUGGCGCUACCUUCGACGCCAAGAUCAAAGACGUGGACGAGAAGGCCGACAUCGCCCUCAUCAAGAUCGACGUCCCGAUGAAGCUGCCAGUGCUGCUGCUGGGUCGUUCAGCUGACCUGAGGCCUGGUGAGUUUGUGGUGGCCAUCGGCAGCCCCUUCUCCCUGCAGAACACGGUCACCACAGGUAUCGUCAGCACCACCCAGAGAGGAGGCAAGGAGCUGGGCCUGAGGAACUCUGACAUGGAAUACAUCCAGACGGACGCUAUCAUCAACUAUGGGAACUCUGGCGGACCCCUCGUCAAUCUGGACGGAGAGGUGAUUGGGAUCAACACACUGAAGGUGACAGCAGGAAUCUCCUUCGCCAUCCCAUCAGACAAGAUCCGUCAGUUCCUGGCAGAGUCCCAUGACAGGCAAUCUAAAGGUACAGAUUACCAAUCUAAAGGGAAAUUAUCAACAAGUAAGAAAUAUAUCGGUGUGAGGAUGAUGACUCUCACACCAAUGCUUGCAAAGGAGCUGAAGGAGAGACAAUCAGACUUCCCCGAUGUUACCUCAGGGGCAUAUGUAAUCGAGGUCAUCCCAAAAACACCAGCUGAGACAGGUGGCCUGCAGGAGAGUGAUGUCAUAAUCACCAUCAACAGCCAGCGAAUCACCUCGGCCAGUGACGUCAGCAGCUCCAUCAAGAGGGAAGACACACUGCGGAUGGUGGUCCGGCGGGGGAACGAGGACAUCAUGCUCACCGUCAUCCCAGAGGAGAUUGACCCUUGACUUCUCAGCAACCACGAGCUGGUUCUCAGUGUUGAAAAUCACGGACCUUAAACCGGGUGUGUCUGGAGCCACACCCUACCUUAGAACCUGUAACUACUAGUGUCUCCCCCCCUCCACUCCCCUCAAACUACAGAGGUCUGUGAGGCCCACACCUACCCCUCUGGGAGCUCAAAUGUGUCCAGGCUAAUAAAGACAUAUUUUAGCACCCCU